AUGACUUGCCAAGCGUUUGCUUCAUCUGACACCUUUGUACCCUUGAAUUCUGACUCUUCUCCUUCUCUGCCUCUGAUAAUGCAUCACAGCGCUGCAGAAUGCCUACCAGUUUCUAACCAUGCGACCAAUGUUGUGUCUACAGUCCCGUCUGUUUUGUCUUUGAUCCAAACUCCUAAAUGCUCCCAUGUCCACUUUGCCAUGACGACUUUGGAAAAUGCAUCGUCAGGCCUUCAUUAUUCUGUGCCGUCCUGUCAUUAUGGAAAUCAACCAUCGACCUAUGGGGUGAUGGCAGGUGGCCUGACCCCUUGCCUUUAUAAAUUCCCUGAGCAUGCUCUGAGUGCUGGUUCCUGUGCUCUGGGCCACAGCUUCACUCCCAUGCACCAGUCUGUUCUGGGAGAUGAUCCCACAGCCUCUGACUUCAAGCAGGAAUUCCGCAGGAAAAACAAAUCUGUUGAAGAGCCAAUAGACAUGGAUUCUCCUGAAAUCAGGGAGCUGGAGAAAUUUGCCAACGAAUUCAAACUGCGAAGAAUUAAGCUGGGCUACACACAAACUAAUGUUGGAGAAGCACUGGCUGCUGUACAUGGCUCUGAAUUUAGCCAAACUACUAUUUGCCGGUUUGAAAACUUGCAGUUGAGUUUCAAGAAUGCAUGCAAACUGAAAUCAAUUCUGUCCAAGUGGCUGGAGGAAGCAGAACAAGUAGGAGCUUUGUACAAUGAAAAAGUUGGAGUGAAUGAGCGGAAGAGAAAGCGCAGAACCACCAUAAGUAUUGCUGCCAAAGAAGCCCUAGAGAGGCACUUUGGAGAACAAAGUAAGCCUUCUUCUCAGGAAAUUAUGAGGAUGGCUGAGGGGCUCAAUCUUGAGAAAGAAGUUGUGAGAGUUUGGUUUUGCAACAGAAGACAAAGGGAAAAAAGAGUGAAGACAAGUUUACAUCAGAACACCUUUAGUUCUAUUAUCAAGGAACAUCACGAAUGCCGAUAA